GCGGCCUGUCUUGCAGUUUUCCCGCAACAAACAAGUGUUGAAGAACACGGGGGGAGUUUUCGCAUCGAAAAUGCCGAAACGAGCUUGUCCUUUUCCUGAAACCUUCUCUUCCCAAUACAAAAUACAUAUCGGACAACAGGAGCUGAAUAAUUACGGUGUGUUUGGGAAUAAAUACAAGCAAGAAAUCUACGAAAAGACAAAGAAUCUGCUCUUCAAAGGUGCCAAGGCUAUGAUGGGCAAAAUAUGGACUGGGGAGGAGAAGUACGCCGUCCCUCAGCCCACUGGACAACUUGAAGCUCCUGCAUGCGGCCAGGCACUCUUAAAAGGACAGACACUGAUUGGACAUGAUGGGAGACUGACGAGAGCAAACGCUGCACAAGGUGUGGCUGUGGCUCCUGCAGGCUGCUGUGUUUGUCAGAAGAGCCAGGGGUCCAGGACAUCAUGCUCUCAAUGUGACCGUCUAGCCUGUUCCUCCUGUACCCGACAGUGCUCCAGCUGCUCCAGUCUCUGCUGCUCCAUCUGUACUAUCACAGAUUACAGUGGGCAAUAUGAUGAAAUACUGUGCUGCAGCUGCUCAACGUAGAGGAAGACCAAAGAUCAAGAGUUUAGUUUGAAUUGUAGUUGCCUUAUAUGAGAUAUUACUAUGACUGCAUUUUAUACCUGUGAUUUUUUGUGUGUGUGUGUGUGAGAGAGAGAGAGAGAGAGAGUGAGAGAGAGAGAUGUAAAUGUUUUUGUAUAUAUGUAUUGCAUUCCAAAGGUAAUUGAAAUAAACUUUUGUAUACAGUUAAAA